CAGUGGCGCGAGGCAUUGUGGGGAUCAUGGCGGCUGCCCUUUGCCGGCGCUUCUUCAGCGCGGUGACGGUCUCGGGAGUCUUACAGGCCCCGCCAGGCGCCGGCCUUUCCGGAUUAACCUCGAACCUGCUCCAUAAGAAAACUACAAAAGUAGAGCCCCUCUAUCAGUGUAAGUUUCUCCAUACUACUUUGUCACGGAGAGGACUGGAGGAGUUUUUUGAUGACCCAAAAAACUGGGGAGAAACUGUAGUUAAAUCUGGGGAUGAGUGGCAUGCAAAACACCUAAGAAACAAGAGUAAUGAAGAUUUGCACAAACUUUGGUAUGUCCUAUUGAAAGAGAAAAACAUGCUUUUAACUCUAGAGCAAGAAGCAAAGCGACAAAGUUUACCUAUGCCAAGUCCGGAACGAUUAGAAAAGGUGGAAAAGUCUAUGGGAAGAAUAGACUUAGUUAUUAAAGAAAGAGAAGUUGCUCUGCGGCUGUUACAAACAGGCCACGAAAACCCGCGACCUGGCGAGUGGAGAAAUGACUUCUUAGGACGCACCUACUGGUACAAUUCCAAAGAGUGGCCAAUACCUUGGUACCUAAACAAAAAACACAACAGGAGGAAAUUCUUCUACUCGCCACGUGUGAAACAUUUCAUCAGACUCAGAAUAGAACAACACUUGAAAAAACAAGCAAGGAUGAAAAGCUUAGAAAAAAAGAAACAGCUCCUUUUACAAAAGAAAUUCCCUCACCUUGCUGCACAAUCACAGAAUUAAUAUCAAGCUGGAAGCGUGAUGCAAGUAAUAGUUUUAUUGCAGUAGUCUUGAUGCUACAUGUGACUGGCAUGUAGUGUGAACAUAUUUUCAGUGGGCAGCAGAUAAAGAACAGGGCUGCCUGUGAGGGUUUUUUGUUCUUUGAUCUUUCUUUUUCCCUGCCCAAAUAAAGCUCCUCAACCCUAAAAUUCAUAUCUGGGUUGAGAGAUCUUCAGAGCAAAACAAUAAACAUUUGUACUGAGUCAUUUAACUGAUUGAUAAAAUAUUACUUUUCCAGAAACCAGGUGCUGAAAAUUAAUGUUUUAAUAUUACGUGUCAUUUACUAUAAAGCUGAAUUGUAUAUGCUUAACGGUAAAAAGGCAUCUGCAAGACAGAUUGCAGUCAAGGCAGUUGUAGACAUGUGUCUGCUUUAGCUUUUAAUAAAGAGGUCUUCUCUCCCUUUU